AUGAUGCCUUGGUUUCACCUCCUGGACGACCUUGCUCUGGAUUGCCCCAUUUAUCCAGGCACCCAGUUUCAGGGUGCCCUGAAAUAUUUUCUCUGCAUGGCAUUGCCAAUCCUCCUUUGGUUUUUGUGGGUACAAAGACUCUCCAUGAUGGCUGACAGCUACAAUGCUCAACCAGCUCCAAUUCCUGACCCUUUUACCAGCAAGGACGUGGGUCCGCCACAAGUCCUUGGAACUUGCACAGACGAUGAUGAGGAACCCCAUUGUUGUGCCAUUUGCCUCGAUGAUAUGGAACCCGGAACCAAGGUUUGUGCUUUGCCUUGUCAUCAUUACUUUCACCCUCAAUGCAUGGACAAGUGGCUUGCCCGGGAUGCUUCGUAUAACAACCGAGGACUGAUACUUCAACCCAAGCCAGAUAGUUGCUGUUGGUGCCCAAUGUGCAAGUAUGAUUUGACACGACAUUGCCAACAACACCGUCGUCAGGCUGCUAACAAGUCGUCCAAAGAAGAGCAUUGGUGGAACCAGUAUCUGGGGCUUUUCGCUGGUGCUGUGAAGGUUUCCCGUUGUCCUCCUCCUCUUCCAAGCCUGUCUACUCUCCCCACACAAGUGUCCGACUAG